GGACCGGAACUGACGUUAAAGGUGAAUGCAAUGCUUUGGGAGUGUUGCUAUUUUCCAGUUAUUCCGGUUGACUGUUCAAGUUGGAAGCUCGGAGGAAAAGCGUCCUAAUCGUGCGCAGAACAGGCCACACUGUGUUUUCGCUGUGCCCACGCUUGGGAGCCUAGACUUCAGGCAGAGAAGUGAAGAACAGAAAGAGGCAGAGAAGAAAGGCUGGGAACUUGACUGCCGACUGUGAUAUUUGAGACCGAGGGCACGUAAGCGCAAGCGCUGGCCUCUGAUUGGCCUGUGGGCGUCAUCGGAAACUCACACAAUUUCUUCGAUUGGUUGUUUUUCGCAAUUGUUGUGGCGGCGGCGAUUUUGCCCACGUACUUCCGAGCGAGGGGCGGGGCUGUCCUGGGGCGCUUGCGCAGAGCCUUGGGUCCCCACCCGGUAGUUCAAGAACCUGCGAGGGGGCGGAGCGAAGAGGUGCUUGUUUUGGUUCUGUUUCCUUUGAAGCAGAAGGCCGCAAUGGGAUACCAUUAAACUUGCUGAACUUGCAGAGAAGACUAAGACAAACUUGCAGCGGUGCCCUCGUAUUGGACUUAACAUCUGGCUCCUCCUCCGGGUGUGACCUGCGUACCGCCGAGAGUUCUGGAACCGGUGCUGCGAUCUCUUUAUCCGGGUCUUGCACUUCCCGUCGUGCUUCGCGCACUACUAAAGCCCCCCCCCCAAUCCGGGUUCUCUCCCGGCGUGCCUAGCGACGGGUUUGCUGGGGGGCACUCGGCAGUGCCGCCAUGACUAUUCUCCCCAAGAAGAAGCCACCGCCUCCCGAUGCCGACCCUGCCAACGAGCCACCGCCGCCCGGGCCGCUGCCCCCAGCGCCGCGGCGCGGCGGGGGUGUGGGCGUGGGCGGCGGCGGCCCGGGCGUGGGCGGCGGAGAUCGUGAUCGUGACUCGGGCGUCGUAGGGGCCCGUCCCAGGGCUUCACCACCACCUCAGGGCCCGCUACCGGGGCCGCCGGGUGCUCUUCACCGCUGGGCGCUGGCUGUGCCACCUGGCGCUGUAGCGGGCCCUCGGUCACAGCAGGCCUCUCCACCUCCUUGCGGGGGCCCUGGUGGUCCCGGCGGCGGUCCUGGUGACGCGCUAGGUGGAGCUGCGGCGGGGGUGGGCGCGGCGGGUGUGGUGGUGGGCGUGGGCGGUGCCGUGGGUGUGGGCGGCUGCUGCUCAGGUCCUGGGCAUAGUAAGCGGCGGCGCCAAACUCCUGGGGUUGGUGCAGUAGGCGGGGGCAGCCCGGAGCGUGAGGAGGUCGGUGCAGGCUACAACAGUGAAGAUGAAUAUGAAGCAGCUGCGGCCCGCAUCGAGGCCAUGGAUCCUGCAACCGUCGAGCAGCAGGAACAUUGGUUUGAAAAGGCCCUACGGGACAAGAAAGGCUUCAUCAUCAAGCAGAUGAAGGAGGACGGCGCCUGUCUAUUCCGGGCUGUAGCUGACCAGGUAUAUGGAGACCAGGAUAUGCACGAAGUUGUGCGAAAGCACUGUAUGGACUACCUGAUGAAGAAUGCUGAUUACUUCUCCAACUACGUCACAGAGGACUUUACCACCUACAUCAACCGGAAGCGGAAAAACAACUGCCACGGGAACCACAUCGAGAUGCAGGCCAUGGCGGAGAUGUACAACCGUCCUGUGGAGGUGUACCAGUACAGCACAGAACCUAUCAACACAUUCCAUGGGAUCCAUCAAAAUGAGGAUGAACCCAUCCGAGUCAGCUAUCAUCGGAAUAUCCACUAUAAUUCAGUGGUGAAUCCUAACAAGGCCACUAUUGGUGUGGGGCUGGGCCUGCCAUCGUUCAAACCAGGGUUUGCAGAGCAGUCCCUGAUGAAGAAUGCUAUAAAAACUUCAGAGGAAUCAUGGAUUGAACAGCAAAUGCUAGAAGACAAGAAACGAGCCACAGACUGGGAAGCCACGAAUGAGGCCAUAGAGGAGCAGGUAGCUCGAGAAUCCUACCUGCAGUGGCUGAGGGAUCAGGAGAAGCAGGCCCGCCAGGUCCGAGGCCCCAGCCAGCCCCGGAAAGCCAGCGCCACGUGUAGUUCAGCCACGGCAGCAGCCUCCAGUGGCCUGGAGGAGUGGACUAGCCGGUCCCCGAGACAGAGGAGUUCAGCUUCUUCACCUGAGCACCCCGAGCUUCAUGCUGAGCUGGGCAUCAAGCCUCCCUCCCCAGGCACUGUUUUAGCGCUUGCCAAACCUCCCUCACCCUGUGCACCAGGUACAAGCAGUCAGUUCUCGGCAGGGGCCGACCGGGCCACCUCCCCACUUGUAUCCCUCUACCCUGCUCUGGAGUGCCGGGCCCUCAUUCAGCAGAUGUCCCCCUCUGCCUUUGCAGGUCUGAACGACUGGGAUGAUGAUGAGAUACUUGCAUCGGUGCUGGCAGUGUCCCAACAGGAAUACCUAGACAGUAUGAAGAAAAACAAAGUGCACAGAGACCCGCCCCCAGACAAGAGCUGAUGGAAACCCGGGGACUGGACACCAUCUCCCCGACACCCCUUCCUGCCCUCCACUGCCACCCCACCUUCUUUGGCUUUCUUCCCUCUUGCCUCCUUCCCUUUUUCCCACUCUCUUUCCACCCUCCCCACCACCCUGGGGCUGGCCCGACACUACUCUCCUCGUAGCUGCCACAGCCACCACGUGCCCUGUUGCCCCCCCACCCUGCCCCGCACAGCACCAUCCCUGCAUUCCACAGGGGACUCGGCAAGGGUGCCAAAGGUUGGUGACAGGCCCCCAGACCACUUGACAGCCAGGUCAGCCCUAGAGGAGAUGCUCAGAAGAAAGUCUCCUGUGUGCCCUUCUGAGAUCAGAACACUUGCCACCCCACCCUCAGUUAUGUCCAGGACGUGGGAAGAGGUGAACAUUUCUUUUCCCAGUAACCCAAGAUUGUCUGAGCCUUCAAUGUUGAAGUUUUCUUUAUUAAUGUACUUUUAUCUCAUAAAACCAAGCAAUCAAAAAUGUAGAUGACAGCAUUGGCUCUGUGAAGGUGGCAUCUCUGGUUUAGGGACAGCAGGCUGGCUGCAGAACGCAGAGGGGGCACACUGCUGUCUUCUGGCCCCUGGCUUCUUGAAGGUGGACAUGGCCUGGGAUGUGAGUCAGGUUGGGGAGUGGGGUGGCAGGUGGCAGACUGGCUUUGGACAAUGAGACCCAGACCUUGCUGCAUUCCUUUUGCUUCCACCACCAAUAGUCUGGAAUCUCGAAAUGGGGGCCUUUCGGGGAACAUGGCUGCAUUCAGGAUCUGAGUGAAGGGAGUGGGAGCAGCCUUGGCAGAUGGGGCAUGUGUGCCCUGCAGGUGUUGACAAGAUCCACCAUCUGUAAUGUCCUUGGCACAAUAAAACCAAAUGUCAGUUUU